UCUCACAGUACGUUUAUGCACUGAACUACAAUGUAAAAUGUUACCUUAUUGUGAUGUGCAUUCACACCUUGUGCUUUAGCUUUGACAUUCUAGGCUUCAGGGAUGCCAUGACUAUGGCCUUUACCAUUGAUGAGAUCAACAACAGCUCCAAGCUGCUGCCUAACAUGACUCUGGGAUACAGCUUGUAUGACUCGUGUGGUGCCCUAAUUAUUGGCCUUAGUGCUGCCUUGUCACUAGCCAGUGGUCAGGAGGAGCAUGUUGUGCUACAGGAUAACUGUUCAGGAACUCCUCCAGUCCUGGGGAUUGUGGGUGAUUCAUACUCAACCAUUUCUAUAGCCAUCUCCCAUGUGCUAGGAUUAUACAGAAUGCCUAUUGUAAGUUACUUUGCAACAUGCUCCUGCUUGACUGAUCGGCAACGGUUUCCAUCCUUUUUUAGGACAAUACCAAGUGAUGCUUUUCAGGUGCGUGCUAUGAUUGAGGUUUUAAAACACUUCAGCUGGACUUGGGUUGGACUGAUAGUUGCUCCCAAUGACUAUGGACUCCAUGUGGCCCGCUCCUUUCAAUCUAACCUGCUUCAGUCGGGUGGAGGUUGCUUAGCCUACCUAGAGGUGUUACCCCGGGACAAUGAUCCAAGUGAACUCAGGAGGAUUGUGCAGUUGAUAAAGACAUCAACAGCUCGUGUAGUGAUGGUGUUUGUACAAAGGACCCAGAUUAUUGAUCUCAUGGAAGAGGUGGUGACACAGAAUGUGACAGGUCGGCAGUGGAUCGCCAGCGAAGCCUGGACAGCGGCUGCUGCGCUUCAGACCCCCCACUUUAUGCCGUACCUGGGUGGGACACUAGGCAUCGCCAUUCGUCGAGGAGAAAUACCUGGGCUCAGAAAGUUUCUGUUACAAAUACACCCUGACUGCAAUGACAAGAACUAUGAAAGGAACAUGGUGUCACAGUUUUGGGAACACACAUUUCAGUGUAGAUUUCAUCCAGAAGGUUGGGAAGGAGCCAGCCCAGCACAGUGCACUGGACAGGAAAAUAUUGACAGUGCGAAAACAGAGUUGAUGGAGAUUUCUAACCUCAGGUCUGAGUACAAUGUUUACAAAGCAGUGUAUUCUGUGGCAUAUGCCCUUGAUGACAUGCUGCGAUGUGAACCAGGUCAAGGGCCGUUCAGUGGGAACAGCUGUGCCACUUUGCAAAGCAUGGAGCCAUGGCAGCUUGUACAUUAUUUACAGCAUGUCAACUUCUCCACAUCGUUUGGUGAUCAGGUGUCGUUUGAUGACAAUGGUGAUGUCUUACCAAUCUAUGACAUCAUGAAUUGGCUGUGGCUCCCUGAUGGAACAACUGAAGUUCAGAAUGUGGGAGAGAUUAAGAGGUCACCUUUCAGUGGUGAAGAACUGACACUGGACGAAGGCAAAAUCUUCUGGAACUUUAAAUCGCGAAAGCCUCCUCUCUCUAUCUGCAGUGAGAGCUGUUCUCCAGGGACCCGCAUGGCCAGAAGAAAAGGACAGCCUGUGUGCUGCUUUGACUGCAUCCCUUGUUCUGACGGAAAGAUCAGCAAUAAAACUGACUCCACAGAGUGCACCAACUGCCCAGAGGAUUUCUGGUCCAACCCACAGCGUGACCAUUGUGUUCGUAAAGAAACUGUGUUUCUUUCCUACCAUGAGCCUCUGGGCAUCUGCUUGACAGCCACAUCAUUACUGGGCACAUUUGUUUGUGCUGUUGUCUUAGGCAUCUUCAUCUAUCAUCGUAGCACACCUAUGGUACGCGCCAACAAUUCAGAAUUGAGUUUCCUGAUCUUGGUGUCACUCAAACUGUGUUUCCUCUGUUCGCUGCUGUUUAUUGGCAGCCCUAUGCUGUGGACAUGUCAGCUGAGACAUGCAGCAUUUGGAAUCAGCUUCGUGCUUUGUGUUUCAUGCAUCCUGGUUAAAACCAUGGUGGUCCUGGCUGUGUUCAAGGCCUCAAAGCCAGGAGGUGGAGCCAGUCUAAAGUGGUUUGGUGCUGUGCAGCAGAGGGGGACAGUUUUCAUUCUUACUUCUAUACAGGCAGCAAUCUGUACUACCUGGCUUGUCUCUGCCUCCCCAGCUCCCCAUAAAAACACUCAAUACCACAAUGACAGGAUCGUUUAUGAGUGUGUAGUUGGGUCCACUGUUGGCUUUGCAGUGUUGCUAGGCUACAUUGGUUUUUUGGCCGUCCUCAGCUUCUUAUUAGCAUUUCUGGCACGGAAUCUUCCAGAUAACUUCAAUGAGGCCAAACUCAUCACGUUCAGCAUGUUGAUCUUCUGUGCUGUGUGGGUGGCCUUUGUUCCUGCUUAUGUUAACUCUCCUGGUAAAUAUGCUGAUGCUGUGGAGGUGUUUGCCAUCCUGGCUUCAAGCUUUGGCCUGUUGUUUGCACUUUUUGGACCUAAAUGUUAUAUAAUUCUAGUACGACCAGAGAGAAACACAAAAAGGGCAAUUAUGAGUCGAGUUAUCACCAAAUAUUAAAGAUAUCACUUAUUGGUUACCUUAAUUAAACCUCAAAAGUCUCAUUUUGUCUUGAUGUACUGUAUUUGUAUGGAAAAAUCAAUAAAAUAAAUAAAUCAACAAAAAAAAAUACUG